AUGACAAAGACAAAGACAAAAACAAUAACAUCAUCAAAAUCGACAACAUCUGCUAAAAAAAAUUCGAACAAAAGAACUAAAGAUCCAAAUGCACCAAAACGAUAUCGAACAGCUUAUAUUUUAUUUUCUGUUGAAAAACGUGAUGAAAUCAAAGUAUGUAUUUUAAAUGAAUCGUUUUAUUUUUCUUUUAAUUUCUCAUGUUUAUUUGAGAAUGAAAAUCCAGGAUUAUCAGCAAAAGAAAUUAUAGUAGAACUUGGUGCUCAAUGGAAAGCUGCUGAUGCUGCAACUAAACAACGUUUUCAAAAAUUGUCCGAUACUGAAAAAGCCGAAUACGAAGAAAAAAUGGCUGCUUACAAAAGUGAAAAAAAUGAUAAAGAAUCAGCAAAAGAAAAUCAAAAAAAGAAAAAAUCUUCUAAAAAAGACGAAGUAAUGGAUAAUGGACAUGAAGAUUCAAUGGAAGAUUAA